AUGAAGGAGAAGAGCAAAAACGCGGCCCGAUCCCGGCGGGAAAAGGAAAAUGUGGAGUUCCUCGAGCUUGCCAAGCUGCUACCACUGCCGAGUGCCAUCACGUCGCAGCUCGAUAAAGCAUCGAUCAUACGAUUGACUACCUCCUACUUGAAGAUGCGACAAAUCUUUCCGGAUGGGCUGGGGACAGCAUGGGGAACGGAGCGGAACACUGGCAACCCAACGGAAGCCAACAUCAAGGAACUCGGAUCGCAUCUGUUACAAACGCUGGAUGGGUUUAUAUUGGUCGUCGCUCCGGAUGGGAAAAUCAUGUACAUCUCCGAAACGGCAUCCGUGCAUCUUGGGCUUAGUCAGGUUGAGCUGACCGGUAACUCAAUCUACGAGUAUAUUCACACCUUCGACCAGGAAGAAAUGGCAGCAAUGUUGGCGCUACCUCAGCAAAGGCCAACGUACGCACCAACGAUCGACUGCCCGAGUCCAAUCGCCCAAUCGCAGCAGUGUGCUUACACCGGUGCAUCUCAAGCUACUGGGACAAACAUGUGUGAGAUUAGUGCUUCAAUAGCAAGCACUUCCCAGGGCCAUCAGCCGGCUGCUCAGCCUUCCAUUGCUCCACAGCAACAACAAAAUCACAACCAUCGACACAGCUAUAGUCAGCUGCAACGAGCACAGGUCGUGGAAGUGGAAAGAACCUUCUUUCUGCGAAUGCGAUGCGUCCUGGCAAAACGUAAUGCCGGACUGACGACAUCAGGAUAUAAGGUCAUCCAAUGUACGGGAUAUGUGAAGGCUCGCAUGAUUCCCCAUGAAUCCAACACUGCUCCAGGGUACUGCUGCAUGCAGAACCUUGGUCUGGUGGCAGUCGGUCACCCACUGUCCCCUUCUGCGGCGACGGAGGUAAAGCUGCACCGUGAUAUGUUCAUGUUCCGUGCCAGUUUGGAUCUUAAGCUAAUCUUUCUGGAUGCAAAGGUUUCUCAACUGACGGGCUAUGAACCGCAGGAUCUUAUCGAGAGCACACUUUACCAGUAUGUUCACGCCGCUGAUGUUCUGAAAGUGCGGCAAUCUCAUCAAAUUCGUAAGUAAUCGGAGUUGCCAAGCACAGAGCGCUGCACUGGUGAUCAUGCUGCUUAUCAACCCGAUAAUUCCUACCGACCAGCACUGAACGUAUCGUACGAAGAGCAACCGCAUCAGCAGCACUCCAAGCAUCACACGUAUGGGGACAUGCCUCCUUCGGAAAGUAUUCCGCAGCACGUGAUCAACACGAAAGAAAUGAGUGAUCACCAUCUGCCAUACUACCAUCUGCCAACUUUGCAAGUAGGAACGCCUGAUGUGCUGCAUGGUGGUAACGAGGACGCUUUUCUGUCUAAUGAACUUCACUAUGAUCAGGAAACACAGUUUAGAAACCCUACCGUUAGCUCAUUUUCCUUCGAUGAUGCACAGUCGCUGUCUCAGACGGAUUUGCUUGAUCCGUUCUAUGAGCAGCUAUACUCGACUUUCGAUACACCGAUACACUCAGAGCACGAUCUUAUCCUUCGUUCUUGCUCGGUCAGUUCUAACAGUUCCGGUACAAUAUGA